AUGUCCAGUCAAGUUGAAGAGGCAGAGGGUCUUCUCUGUGGUAUCUGCUUGGAUGAAGUCAUCAAAUCAGUCACCACUAAAUGUGGACAUGCUGUUUGCAUGACUUGUCUCAGGAAAAACAUCUCUGCAUUUUCAUGCUGCCCUAUAUGCUGGAAAUUCUCCCAGCUGAGAACUCUUCAGUCUGGCAUUGCUGUGUACCCUAAAGUAGAAGGCAUUUGUAAUAUUCACCAGGAAGAUGCGAAGCUGUUUUGUAAGGAUACUGAGACCCUACUCUGUGUGACCUGCUCUCCAUCAGAGGAUCAUGAGAACCACACCCAUUGGCCAAUUGAAGUGGCUGCUCCCUACUAUAGGAAGGAGAUCCAGACUAAACUGGACAUUGUGUGUAGACAAUUUAAAAAAGCCAAGGAACUUUUACUGGAAGAGAAGGAGCAAUCCCUGGCAUGGACUGUAGAAUGGAUUGACUAUAAAGAAAUGAACAAAAGAAAAUUUUGGAGAAAAUGUCAGCAAAUGUGCAAAUAUCUGAGAGGGAAGAAGGAAGAAGCAAAAGAAAAAGUUCUUAUUGUGGAAAAGAUGAACAGGAAAAUCAAUCAAAUCUAUCAGAAACUAAAGGAGAUAGAAACUACACAGGAACCUCAAAUAAUGGAGGAGAAGAAGGAGUGGGAGCACAUGAUGUCUAAACUGGAAAGAUUCCUAACAGACCUAGUUACUGAGCUGCAAAAUGUGAUGGAGAAGCCAGAUGAAGAAAUGCUACAG